CACUGGCCCGCAGUCUAUAUAUUUCAAACUUCGCAGAGUUAUCACCUCUUCUUCCAUGGAAGAUGACGAGUGGGAGCAAAUUCAACCGCCGUGGCAACUGCCGGCAUCCCACUCCGGAGGUUGGGAUGGAGGCACGCCGGCGGUGAUCGCGGAUAACUAUCUCCUCGACGACACUUCCAAUAUUUUUCCUGCAAUCAACCACGAGGGCUUGCCGCCAGUGCCUCCUCAGGCCUACCAAGAUUGCGAAAAUCCGGCAGAAUUACAUUCGGUUUCUUCCGCGUUGUCGCCGAACAUGGCAUCGGGUGAUCAAAGAGAGGAGAUAAGAGGAAGUGAUCGGAAAGAAUGGCGGCUGCAGGAGCUGCUCAGUGCCGGAAUUAUUCGCGUUGCUUAUGUGGUUCGCGGCUAUGCGAGGGGCAGAGGCAGUUUCUGGUCGUCCGUGUGCGUGGCCGGUGUUCUCGUGGUGUCGGUUUUGUACGGAAAGGUACUGGGGUGGCGGCGGAGGCUCCGGCGCCGGCGGGAGAAUGAGGACCGUUUGAUGGGCCUCCUCAGAGAGAAAGACCAGUUAAUCAAGCAGCUGUUGGUACAAAUUGGGCAAUUGAAGGAGGCAUUAUUGAGUUCGCGUAAGGUUUCGGUGAUUAGAGUACUCUAAUGCAAAUGAAAGAUAAUGGUAAUAAAUAAUGACGAGUAUAUUUAAUUUUCUUAUUAGACACAGAAAUUGUCAGACUGGCUUGUAGGUAUGUCAUUUAAUUUCUGUCUUAUUAUAAGAUAUAUUUAGAUAAA